UGCAGACGGGGAGGAGGGAGUGGCCAGUCGGAUGCCUUGGAGUUUUUGGGUUUUUCUUUUAAGUGGCGAGACUCACCCUCCGGAAGGUAUUUUACUUGCAGAUGUCAGCAAAUAAACAUGGGAGCUCAGAAGAUGCUGGGUGCAGUCAAUGGAAUCUCUUGAUAGCAUUGAGAAAGUUCCACCUGGAAUUCUGAAGCACCACUGUGCUAGACGGACCCAUGCUCUUAGUUCAGAAUGUAGCAAGAUUGUACAUUACAGAAGUGGCCUUCACUGUUAAAAGAGGCAAGGGGCAAUAUUUUGUCUAAGACAACAGAUGUCAUCAACAGUUGAGUAUUUACGUUAACUUUGUUUAUAUUGUGUUACCAAGCAAGUCCAGGGCCCCUUAUAAAUAAAAAAAUAAGAUUUUAUCCAUACUAUUAAUCGAACACCAACAAAAUCCUAUACAUGCCAACUCAAAAGUUAAGCUCCACUUAAUUCAGCGGGAUAUUUCCAGGUAAAAAGAUACUGGCCUUAAUAUAGUCCAUGUGAUACUGAAAAAUAUAACCGUGCUUUUUGUACUACAAACGGCAGCAUUAGGAAAAGCACCCUCUCUCGCCCAAAUUAAAGAUGGAAUUUCGCAUUAUGAAGAACGCACCUUGUUCCCAAAACAAAGAUGGUAGAGCCAAUACUAGGGAAACAUGCGAAGCCUGUCGCUGCUAUGGUUGCUGUACCUCAACUGUAGGGAACCCCUCCACGUUACCCAACUUAAAAAUGGCUGCCUCCGCUAUUGAGAACGGAGACACUACCCACAACCAAAAUGGCCGCAGUAAUAUAUGGACGCGCGGUUCUUAGAGGCGCCAAUCCCGAUUCCAAGAUGGCGGAAUGCCGUUAGCGUGAGGUGAGGGUUGUCUGCGUCACGUGACAGGCAGGACGGGGGUGUGUGUAUCCCCGUCGUGUGUCCCGGCGGAAGAGUGAAGGGAGUCGGCUGAAAGGUCGCAGCUGGAAGAAAAGGAAAAACAAAGCGGCGCGGCCUAGCGCUGUGAAACCGGAGACACGCCAGUCACCACGGAUACAGCCGGAGCCAACCCGGCGGCCGGGGCGCAGCCACCCUCGCUGCCUCCGCCGCCGCCGCCACCGAGGAUGUCGCGUAGAAAGAGAAAUGCAGGUAGCAGUUCUGAUGGAACCGAAGACUCUGAUUUCUCUACAGACCCAGAGCAUACAGACAGUUCAGAAAGCGAUGGGACAUCCCGCCAGUCUGCACGUGUAACCCGCUCUUCUGCUAGGCUCAGUCAGAGUUCUCAAGAUUCCAGCCCAGUUCGCAACCCUCCCUCAUUUGGAUCAGAGGAGCCUGUUUAUUCAACUCGGAGGGUCACCCGCAGCCAGCAGCAGCCCACACCCGUGACUCCCAAAAAAUACCCACUGCGACAGACCCGCUCAUCUGGAUCAGAAACAGAACAAGUGGUUGACUUUUCUGACAGAGACACUAAAAAUGCAGCUGACCAUGAUGAAUCCCCACCCCGCACACCAACUGGGAAUGCCCCAUCUUCAGAGUCCGACAUUGAUAUCUCCAGUCCCAACAUGUCUCAUGAUGAGAGCAUUGCCAAGGAUAUGUCCAUGAAGGAUUCUGGGAGUGAUCUGUCCCACCGUCCCAAACGCCGUCGUUUCCAUGAAAGCUACAACUUCAAUAUGAAAUGUCCCACCCCUGGCUGCAAUUCUUUAGGACAUCUCACGGGAAAACAUGAGAGACACUUCUCCAUAUCUGGAUGCCCACUGUAUCAUAACCUUUCAGCUGAUGAAUGCAAGGUGAGAGCACAGAGUCGGGACAAACAAGUUGAGGAGAGGAUGCUGUCUCACCGGCAGGAUGACAACAAUAGACAUGCUACCAGACAUCAGGCACCAACUGAGAGACAGUUGAGGUACAAAGAGAAAGUAGCAGAGAUGAGGAAAAAGAGGAAUGCAGGGCUGACCAAGGAGCAGAAGGAAAAAUACAUGGAACACAGGCAAACCUAUGGCAACACCAGAGAGCCUCUUUUAGAGAACCUGACCAGUGAAUACGACCUUGAGCUAUUCCGACGUGCACAAGCAAGAGCCUCUGAGGACCUGGAGAAACUGCGACUUCAGGGCCAAAUCACGGAAGGCAGCAACAUGAUCAAGACAAUUGCUUUUGGCCGCUAUGAGCUGGACACCUGGUACCAUUCUCCCUACCCAGAGGAGUAUGCGCGGCUAGGGCGCCUCUACAUGUGUGAGUUCUGCCUCAAAUACAUGAAGAGUCAAACUAUACUACGCAGGCACAUGGCAAAAUGUGUCUGGAAGCACCCUCCAGGUGAUGAGAUUUACCGCAAAGGCUCCAUUUCGGUGUUUGAAGUAGAUGGGAAAAAGAACAAGAUCUACUGCCAGAACCUGUGCCUCCUGGCAAAGCUCUUCUUGGACCACAAGACUCUGUAUUACGACGUUGAGCCCUUUCUCUUCUACGUCAUGACAGAAGCGGACAACACUGGCUGCCACUUGAUUGGCUAUUUUUCCAAGGAAAAGAACUCCUUCCUCAACUAUAACGUUUCCUGCAUUCUGACAAUGCCUCAGUACAUGAGGCAAGGUUAUGGCAAAAUGCUUAUCGACUUCAGCUAUUUACUCUCCAAAGUGGAAGAGAAGGUUGGCUCCCCAGAAAGGCCCCUCUCAGACCUGGGACUCAUUAGCUACCGUAGUUACUGGAAAGAAGUUCUUCUGCGUUACCUGCAUAACUUUCAAGGCAAAGAAAUCUCCAUCAAAGAGAUCAGCCAAGAGACAGCCGUCAACCCUGUCGACAUUGUUAGCACUCUGCAAGCUCUUCAGAUGCUCAAGUACUGGAAGGGCAAACACCUAGUUUUAAAGAGACAGGAUCUGAUUGAUGAAUGGAUUGCCAAAGAGGCCAAAAGAUCCAACAGCAAUAAAAUCAUGGAUCCCAGCUGCUUGAAAUGGACCCCUCCCAAGGGCACUUAAUUUGACCAAUCUCUCCAGAAAGUGUGGACAGCCCAGCCCAGCCCGUCCCACCCGCUGCCUCUGCCACCACUGUCAUCGUGACCCUCUUUCCUUUCCCAGUUAGGAUCUGUCUUUGGGAUUGUGGCUGUGCCACUGCUCUUGGUACCAGCCCACCUCUCCCCACUUCUCACAUACUUCUGGGGAUGCUGUUCUUCUUUUGGGGAUGGUUUUGACCCAGAUCCUCUGUAUAUCUGACAAGGCUGAAAUGAUCGCAGGGUUCUGGAUCCUUAGCUAAUUUGGCCCCAAGAAGGGUUGGUCAUCCCUUACCCUGUAUCUUUCCACUGUCUGUCCCAUCAGCCAUAAGGCCCGAGCCCAGUAAGGCUCUGUCACAUCCCACACCAUUCAGUUGUUUCAAGCUGCCACUUCUACUGCAGCCUUGUAAGGCUUGGUUUACGUAUGCAGCAGAAUGAGGUGGUCACAUCCUGGGUGAUCAAGAGGGCUUUACUGCCCCAUUUUGCAGGGGGCAGCGAGGCAUCAUUUUCAUCCGUUCCCCGUAUAGAAAGUGCUUGCAACAAAAGAAAACAAGCAUUGUAGGGACAAAGAAGCUAGUCAGCCAGGCACACUUUCAGAACGGUAUCUCCCCACUUGUCCUCCGAAAUGGUACAAUCCGUUCUGUCCAGUCACCCCCACCCAACUCUCUCCCCAUGUGGGUUUAUUGAGACCAUUUCCCACCCACCAGGUGCCAAGAUGCAACUGGAAAUGACAACAGCCCUUGGACUGCUGGGUUGCCUCAGGAUCAGCAGUUUCUUGCACCCAGUCACAAAUCUGAACUACCUGCUUCCUGUUUCUGUGCAGAUGCCCUCCACGAGGUGCUCUGUUUUUCCUUUUGUUUCCUUCUCAUGAACAGCAGGGGAGUCCAGGCGAGGAAGUGCCCAGAGAUCUCUUGAUUUCAGAAUGUGGGAGUGCCAGUUGGCUGCUUCUGCUUCCCCACACUCCAGACCUGUACAUGGUAAGCCCUUUCUGGGUUCCACUGGCGGCUUUGCCUCCAGUGCAGCCAGCUCCCAGCAACAAGGGGAAACCUUCCCCAGUGGAAAAGGUGCCACCACCUGGUCCCAGCUGUUUGCAAUGCCCUGGUGGUAGCCUGGAGCGCCACCCCACUGUGAGUCUUACUGCUGAACUAAGGACUCCUGUAGUGAGUUUGGAAUACACUGCGCACCAGUCCUUUUCGAGUGCCAGCUGAAUUCAUGUGGGAAUUUGUGUGGGAGGGGGAAUCGCAAGGGCAGCAUCUACCCGUGGCAGUAGUGCCUUCUUGCUGCUUUGGUGUUUCUCCCCAUUUGGACCUCCUGCCCCAGAGAAGGCUCUGCCUGAGGAACAUGCACUAGCAACGCCAUGGUGAAGGCUGCUCCUUUCCCCAACUCGAUCACCAUGUGUGUUUGUGGGGGUGAGGCUUCAGAUCUGGUCAUGCCAAUCCCCUGGGGCAAUUGGCUGUAACAGAAUGGGGGGGGGGAGCCUCCACGCAGUGUCUGUCCACCGCAUUGUAGCUUGCUUCUAGGCUGGCUAUUUUUGCAGUUUGGGAACCCUGAAAUUAGUGAGACCAUCCUGAGCCAGUGACUUGCCCAUCGUCAUCCUGUUGUUUUAAAGAGUAUAGGGAACGUUUCUUCAGCUCUGUCUUUGCCAGCAUUUAUGAUCUGAAGGUGGAUGAUGAGAGCCCCUUGGACAUAUGAGGGCAGAUGUGCUCUCACGGGCAUUUCUGCAGUGACUUUGUCUACAAAUUUUGCUCGUUGGACCUGCAACAAAAAUGAACCCAUAACAUCAGGUCUCCCAAAGAGACCUGGCCCCCAACAUGUGCUCCCACAUUCCAAAACCUGGCCCCCGACUCCAUAGGGGCAACUGUCACAAGAUGAUGGAGGCCUUUUAAAAUGCAUGAAGGAAGUUUCAUGAGAAACAGACCUGUGGAUGGACCCAUAGCUUCAAAUGUAUUUGUAUGGGCAUAGGGUCGGUUUUAGGGUGUGAGCUUUGGUGUGCCUGCCUUUGCGAGGGAGCCUGCCAGCCACUCAUCCUGCAAGUGAUCUUUAUCUAGCUGAAGUGAACUGGGACCCCCACCGGUCCUGCCUGCUGUUUGCAGCAGCUGGGAAAGGCACAGAGGAGGAGAUGGAUUCUGAUGUGGCAGGUGAAGAUCAGUGGAGAGCUCCAGUCCACUCCAGAUUGGGUGCUGGCGGGACCUUGCUUUGCCCACCUACCUCACAGUUUGCCUGAAGUAUAAAAAGGAGAGAACUCGGUCAACACCCUUCAACAUUCAUUGGCCUAACUCCACUGUUCAUAGAAAUAACCUAUCCAAAGACCCCCUGGAGCUUUUGCUGAGUGAGUUAACCUUGCAGAGGUUGGCACCCCUUGUGCACACUCUUUCACCGAGAGCCUGUGUGCCUAGUGCACCAAGUCAUGAUCCGCAGAGUAAGCUGAAGGGUCGGGGGAUAGGCAGCAUGACCAAAGAAGCUGCGCAGGAGACAGAUGGGAGAGUCAGUCCUGCGUCCCCCUCCCCUCUCUUCUCCCCCAGCGAGCACCAUCCCAUCGCAAGCUGGAUCUUUCCACAGCUUGCCAUCUUUGACAACUUUUCUUCUUUGAAAUUUUCUUGCCCGGAGUCUUGGGUGGGCCUUGCAGUCUUCUGAGUAGAGGCGUGCAGUGUGUGUUCUUUCUUGUACUGCCUUACAAGGGGCAGGUGGGUGGGUGGGCUGGCCGGCCGUGUCCUGCACUUCAACAUGAUUUCCAACAAGAGUAAGAAUACGUUUUUGUUUGUCAUGUUUAGUGAAAUCUUUCUCCACUCAGCUCAAAGGAAACAUCCUGUAGCCAUGCCGUUGACCUCUGUCUGGUGUGAUUGCCAGCUACAGAAGUGUGCUCAAAAUGCAACCUUUUGUUUUUAGCUGGAUUACAAAAGCAACACACCUCCACUAACACUGUUAGCUUGUCUCCAGUCUUGGGACAAGAUAGAUUGCAGCUGAACACACUCCCUCUCCAGCACAGUUCCCCGUGCAAGCACCCCUGUGGUCAGCUCUCGUGUUUCGGUUUUGUCUUUUUAUCGCCAUUCUUAAAUCUGCCAAAGUUUCUCUUUCUGUGGACAUUGCCAGCAACUGUCACCCAGUGCCCUCAGCUUCUAGUUCAUAGCAAGUGGCGGGGAGGAAUGGCAGUCUGCUUGUGGGGAGGGGAGGGUGACCAUUCUUGUACAAAAGCAAACCUUUCCGUUUUCUGGAUAUGUUAGAAUAUGCUAACAGUGUAUCUACUUCUCAAUAAAGCAUGUUCUUUGCUCUGGC